CCCCACAGUGUACUCAAGAAGAGAGAGAAAGGAGAGAGACAAAGGUAAUUUGUAUCUAUAUCUAUUUCUCUCUAUAUAUAUAUAGAGAGAGAGAAAGUGAGAGAGAGAAAGUUGAGAGAAAAGAGUCAUAGUAUGGCGUGAAACCUCAAUUCACUUCGUCACGGCUUUGCCCUUUUCCGGCCACCACUCACGGCGGCGCAACGGUCGGAAAACCAGAACAGAAAAUAAAAAAGGGGCCUGAGAAAGCAGGAGACUGUGCACUGCAGUGCGUAAUAAGGUUAACACAAUCAUUUUGUUCGGUUGAGGCAUGUAUAAAAACCAAUUACAAGAAUUGGCUCAGAGAAGCUGCUUCAACCUGCCAUCUUAUUCAUGUAUCCGAGAAGGUCCAGAUCAUGCCCCCCGAUUUAAAGCCACUGUCAACUUUAAUGGAGAGACAUUUGAAAGCCCCAUGUUCUGUUCUACCUUGAGGCAAGCGGAACAUGCUGCAGCAGAGGUAGCUCUGACCACACUUGCAAACAGAGGCCCCUCUAAAGCCUUGGCUGCAAGAGUAUUGGAUGAAACUGGAGUUUACAAGAAUUUGCUUCAAGAGACAGCUCAGAGAGCUGGGUUAAACCUCCCAGUCUAUACCACGGUUAGAUCUGGACCUGGCCAUGUACCUGUUUUCUCGUGCACAGUUGAGCUUGUGGGAAUGAGCUUUUCAGGGGAGCCUGCUAAGACCAAGAAACAGGCUCAGAAGAAUGCAGCCAUGGUCGCUUGGAGUGCCCUGAAACAGUUGGCUCAACAAAGGUCAUCUUCCUCUCCUUCAUCAGAGAUGGAGGGCAGCGAAGAACAGGAACAAGUCGUUAUCGCUCGUGUUCUUGCCAGUUUACGACCACCAGAAUCAAAUUCCUCUGCACGAAAAGACUGUCAAGACGAACCCAAUAGAUCCAUUCCCACCCACAGGGAUCGAAAUCCAACACCACCGAGCUUAUAUCCUAUGCAGUAUCAAAGUUGGGCUUACUCUAGUUUCCCCGCAGAAAUGGCCGUGUAUCAAAUGUGGCAAGCGCAGCAAGCACAUUUGUUGCAGCUGCAAAGUCGCCUGUUGUCAAUGCCGGCCCCGCCGAGUCCUCAGGUCCUUCAACACAUGCAAUCGGUUUUCCAACCUGAACACGAUUUAUAUUUUUUAGCAAGGGAGCCAGAACAUGUUCCUGUAGGGCCCGGACUGGCAGUUACGGCGUUGACCCCAUCAUUGAGCGAGCAAGAACGUAUUCCAGUUGCGCCUGGAGUGACGACUUCGUUUUAUGUGCAAAGCAACUCGCUCACUAGUCCAAUUAGGGAGCGGUCAAUGGUGACUAUUCAAGAGAUAAAAGAGGAGAAAACAGAAGAAUCAUCGAAUUUAUGCAAUGCUGAAGUGCAGGAGCCAGUUCGGGAGGACAAACAGAAUAUUGGUGGCUCAGAAACCAAAGUCGAAAUCAGCUCUGGUAAACCUGAAGUAAACACCACCCAACAAUUUGAACGGGUCCCUCUGAAUGUGAAUUCCGGAUUUAGGCCCAUUCAGUUCCGCGAUCAAAUUCAACAACACAAUUUCGAGUCUUAUCGAUCAAAUCUUAGACCCCAACAUCAACCAAGAGCAAUUUAUCACAGAAUCUCUGGACCACCGUCAGCGGUGGCCCCAGUGAUGAUUAGAACCGUGAGCCAUGCUUCUUCAGUGGGACCCAGAUCCCAUAAUUUUGGGAAUCGGAUGCCUGCUCCAUCGAAAAUGAGAACUGGAACCGGAGCUACUCCAAAUUCUACUGGAAUAGAAUUUGGAAGAGUGCCUUCUCAGUUCAUUGCCCCAGCAGUUCAAAUCAGAUCGGUUAUACCAGUCUGUUCUGCUCCACCAGUGAGAAAGACACCGAGUUCUAACCAGGUUGGACAAUCAUCCAAUCAAGAAGUAAAAAGUACUGGACUAGAAGAAGACGUCUCGGCUGCAAGUUCUGAACUCAGUAAGCUUAAAAUGUGAAUCACAAAUGAAAUUUCCAAACGGUUUUUUUUUUUUCUUUCUUUCUUUAGUUUGGUAGCCUUCGUUGCUCCGAAUGCUUUGAAAUAAUUUGAAUAACAUAAAUGUAGUUUGGUUUCUCUUGGAAAUAUGGGAAACAGAGAAAGCUUUUUUAUCGAUAAUGUGCAUCCGAGAGGGUUAUGAUCUGA